AUGGGGGUCCGGGUCACGCGUGAGUGCCAGACGGGGCUCCCACUCGUCGCCCCCUACGGCCCGCCGGCCCCCGGGCCCCGUGGGGGGCUUCUCCGGGGCAGCCACCCUGCCCCGGGGUUCGGGGCGGGGGCGGCCACGCUGCCGCGGGGGGUGGGGCGUUCGUCGCGGGGGCGGGGGCGGCCACGCUGCCCCGGGGCUGUCGGGGUCUCCGGGGUCUCCACGGAGGGGCCGCCCCCUCCCGCACGCGGCCACGCUGCCCCGGCCCCCACUCCCACGCGGCCGCCCCCCCAGCCCUACGGGGGCCCCCAGCCCUACGCGCCCCCCUUCGCCCUCCAGCUCCAGCCCUGCACGGCCUACGUGCCCGUGUACCCCGUGGGGCCCACCUUUGGGGAGCCCCCGGCCCGGCCCGGCCCCUGCCCGGUGGCGCUGCCAUUGGGGGAGGAGGGGCGGCCUGGGGGGCGGGGCGACACUGGGACCGCCCUGGGCGUGGCGGGGGCGGGGCUGGAGGCGCGGAGGGCCCCCCACGACUACCUGCCCAUCGCCGUCCUCACCACCCUCUGCUGCUUCUGGCCCACCGGCGUGGUCGCCAUCGUCAAGGCCGUGCAGGUGCGCACGGCGGUGGCGCGGGGGGACAUCGUGUCGGCCGAGAUCGCCUCGCGGGAGGCGCGCAACUUCUCCUUCAUCAGCCUGGCCGUCGGCAUCGCCGCCAUCGUGCUCUGCACCAUCCUCACCGUCGUCAUCAUCAUCGCCGCCCAGCACCACGACAACGACUGGGAGCCCUGAGACGGCGCCAAAAAGCUACCACCGCCACCUCCCCGAGGCGUUGCCGUGGCGACGCUCAGCAUCCCCGAGGAGGAGGAGGAGGAGGAGGCGGCGUCGCCACGGAGACGCCGCGGCGGUUUUGGGGACCUGGAGAGCAUCGGCGGCGUUGCUGUGGCAACGGUGCUGGCAGUGCCUCAACACCCACACACCCACCCCUUUUCCUGCCAGAAACGCACCGGCAUCCCACAGCAGCCGUUGCCAUGGCAACACCUAGCACACCACGGUAACCCAUGGUGAUCUCCAGACUCCCAUAGCAACCGUUGUCAUGGUAACUGUCUCAUAGUAAGCAGGGCAGCGUUGCCAUGGCAAUGCCUGGUAUCCCAUAGCAACUGUUCCCAUGGCAAUGGUGGGCCUCCCAUGGCAACUGUCACCAUGGCAACGUUGGCCUGUGAGCACCACUGGUACCUGGGAGUGUCAGCAUUGCCAUGGCAACAGUGCCUGACCCCGCCCCUAGGAUGGGCCAGGUCACACCCACCUCAUUUGCAUGCCAAACCCCACCCCUCUUGCACACACCCCCUGCUAUGCCCUGCCCCCUGUGACGCGUUUCCCUCGCUGACGGGUCAAUAAAUCUCUAUAUUGAUACGG